CAUUAGUAUAAGAAUGUGUCUUCUGCGAGGAGAGUCACUACUUCAGCUGAAGACACCUUUACACUUGAUGUGCAGCUUCAGGUCUCUCUGGGUGCCGUACGUCCUGAAGGUGGGGGCAGACUGAAUACGUCUGGUGCUGAGGAAUCGGACAUCCAAUCACAAAAGGACAUCAGCCAAGCAGAGUGCCAGCACUGCCGAAUCACAGGCAGUAGUAAAAAGAGGUGGAGGAAGAGAGAAAGAGGGAGUAAAAGCAAUAUCCGACAUGUCUCUGAAGCGCUUAACACUGAGCCGCAAAAGCAGGACGUUGUCUGUUGAGGAGCAGGCCCAGGAGGAUGUACUGCACCAGCUGGGCCUGGAGGGCAACCGGGCCAACCCCAUGGACCCGGCGGUCAUGUUGGAGUUCCACACCUGGAACAUGGAGGACCCACCUGCGUCGGCCCCGACCGACCUGCCCCGCACGUUCCUGCACCGCCUGUGGCUGUUGAGCCCCCAGGCCCGGAGCCCCAUCUGCCACGCCCAGGCGGACCCUUUCGCUGAGGGAUCAAAGGAAGGGGGUCACCCAGGGCUGGCGGACGACGCUCAAUGUGCCGUCAACCCCCUGGAUUUGGUAACCGCCGUCUACCUGUCCGCCAACAGCUUCCUGCGCCAGGAGAUGACAGUUCGGAUGGCACAGCGCGGUUUUGCCGUGCCUUUACUGCUGCCCCCUAGUGGGCGUGGUGGGCAGGUCACCUUCCUCUUGUGGCCUCUGCGGGCAGUGGUGCGGAUGUGGAAGCCAGACUCACAAGCAGAACCUGGCAGUUUCAUUACUGAGGAUAUGACUAGCGCUAAUAUUCCUUUGCUGUCGUUUGUCAGGUUGGGUCGUUGCAGCAUCUCUAAGUCCCACAUUGCGAACCACAUCCUUGGUGGCUUCCAGGGGCCCGCUAGCUGUUUUCUGCACAGGGGCAUGGAUGGAGGCCGGAUGCCCAGAAGGCUCUCAGAAGGCCUGGUGGAAAUGAGUUGGUACCUGCCUUCUGGUGACCAUGACCUGGAUAUUUUUCAUGAGCCUGUGAUGGUGGCUAACUUCCGUGGAGACGCGGCCACAAGUGCCGGCACUGACAACGCACAGCUCUGCUUCCUGUGUCACCACUCCGUGGCCAUCUUUGUGUUCUGUGACUCCCUGGGGGCGAAGGAGCACCUCCAGCUGGCCUCCAUCAGGAAGAGUGGCAGUCGGAUCUUCCUCAUCAUGUGUUCACAACAGGAAAUAGAAAUGGUACAAUGGCAAAAAGAUCUGGCACUUGAUAAGUUGGCUGAGGACCUGGAGCUUCCUAAGGGGGCAGUGUUCUCCUACAGCAGGCUUGGUGGCGAAGAAGAGCUUGCACUGACGCUGAGUGAGACUCUGGGCCGGCUGCUGCGAGACUGUAGUCUGCAACCGGUUACCCUGGCCAAAGCAGCCGCCACCGCCCACGAGCUGGGCAUCACCAUUGACGAAGGAGAGGACUGUAAAAUGGCACUGACUCAGGUGAACGAGGUGGUGAAAUGGAUUGAGGAGCGAGGAGCCUGCUGGUACAGGAAGGAGCAGCUUCCUCUGCAAGGUCCGCUGUGGAAAAGGCUGGUUCAGUUGGAAAAGGAGGAGUGCCGGCUAAAGGAUACUGAAAGAUCAGCUCAAAGGCUGCAGGAGAUACAAACGGAGAAGGAAAGCCUCUGCCCAGAGAAAAUAGAGUACUCAAUGACUGCAGUCAUGAGGAGCUUGAUUGCAGCCCUGUCCUCACAAGAUAAGAGGAAAAGAGCCUUCUUCCUGAGGUGGAUGAGGCUGAGGCUAAAUGAAAUAGUACGUCAGAGCCAGCAAAUCACAGAGACGCAGGAGCAGAACCAGCCAAUCACAGAGAACCAGGAGCAGAGCCAGCCAAUCACAGAGAAGCAGGAGCAGAGCCAGGCAAUCACAGAGAAGCAGGACGCCAUCACUGCUGAGGGAAUGGAUGAGACCUCAGACGACAUGAGAUUACAUUACAGUACAUUCAGAGGCUUUUAUAUCCUUGUACCAGAAAAGACUGAAAAAAAAAUUCCCCCCCCGGAGAUUAAGCAACCAGGAACCCCUGUGGGGCUAGAGCAUUUCACUCGUGAGAUGGGUCUGGUCUUUGAGAUGUUCAUCUCCAGUCUUGGCGGUGGGUCUGAUGGUCUACAGUGCUUCCCAACUGUAGCGAUAGACCUGCUCCUGUAUGGCCUUCCUUUUGAGCUGCUGAAUGGGGAUGCUUCCACUAUGUCCCCCCAGUGGAUGGGCAGUGUGCUGUCUGCACUACACAGACGGCUGCCACCCGGCAGCCAGGUGAGGGUGCUGACGAUACUGGGUCUUCAUACAUCCAGUAAUGCUGCAGUGAUCUCUGCUCUACUCGGAGCGACUUUCCCUGUUGACAGCAUCCAAAACACCAGGGGAGCUUUCAUGCUCCUACUUGCCGUGCCAGAGAACUUGAGAAAAGACCUAGCAUGCAACUUCCUGCUACUGAUCAACACAGAGGGGCUGAAGUGCCCAGGCACAGUUCAGGAGGAGGACUCAGGAAUGAAUGACAGUGAGCUGGCUACAUUUGCCAUGGGGCUGAGUGAUGUGACGCUGCUCAAUCUUCCACCAACAGGUGAGGAGGAGAUGCGGGACACCCUGCAGAUUGCAGUGAAUGCCAUGUUGCGUGUGAAGGAGGCAGGACGGAUGCCCUUUUUCCAGGCUGUGGCUCAAAGCAAUGGUGAGGACACCAAGCUCCUACUUCAACUACUGAGUCGAGUCACUCAGAUCUUGGCUACAGGAGACAAGAGCCUGGCUAUUUCCAGCUUUGAAAAUCUCCAGGAAUAUGAGGUCUCCAGCAGCCAGCAGUGUUUGCAGGGGCCUUGGCAAAGCAGCCAUCCCAUGGCACCUGUCCGCCCUGGGUACAGUAAUGCUGUGCUAGAUCAUAAACAGAGUCUGCUUGCCGCACUGCGUACAUGUGCUGCCAAUACCCCUUCAAUAACCCUCCUGGACUUCAGGGAGCGUGUGACAAGUUUUUGGGAGACAGUGGUAUUUGACAAAUUCGCGUUUGAACUGAAGAACACGCAGGUGGGUGAAGCCUACUUGGAUCUAUGCCGAGAAUUCUUCAGCUGGGAGCAGGCCUUCAUUGGCUAUAUGGAGUCUUGGGUUGAGGUGGCGGUUCAGCUCAUUCUCACAUUUGAGGAGAGAACUCUGGUGAAUGGGGAUUCCAAUGGACAUCAAAGUUUGGAAGACGUGCUCAGCAGAGUGAAGAAGCAGGCGGUGAAGGAGGUGGAGGCUGAAGCCACCAAACUCUUUUCGAACCUGGAGGAAUACUUCAAGAAAGGUAAAGGGCAUGUAUCCUUGAUAGAAAAGUACAGAGGUAACUUCACCAAAAGUGUGGGCAUACUUAAGGAACACAUGGCUUGUGAGGCCAUUUACAAGCUAGAGUCUGCUCAGAGGGAGCAUGACAUAGUAACAAGAACAAAACACUUCCAGACUGAACUAGAGGCAGCACUGGAGGUACAGCUGGGGUCUAUCCUGCAGCGCAACAAGAUUAGCGAGCCCAUUCCCGAGGAAAAGCAGCUGCUUGAAGAGUUUGACCAAGUUUGGAAUAUGACUAUAUCCAAGCUGGACCUCACACCCCUGAAGAAAUGGAAUGUCACUGGUCAGGUCCUCCAGCAUCUGAGGGAGAACCUUUCCACCUGCGGCAUCAGCAAGCAUCUGGAAAAACUAGAGGAGUUUUCUAGUUAUGAGGCCUCCGACUUCAUAGUUGAUGAAGAGCACUUUGGCUAUCGAAGCAGGAUGAAGCAAAUGUUCACAGAUGAGCGCAGAAUGCAGGCUCAAGCAUUAGCAAACAGGGUGAUAGAGAGGUGCAGAUUGUACGUCAUGAGAAAAAAGUCCCUCAAGAGAGAUUACCUUGACAGCUACACGAAAGGGUUGUUGAAAAUAGUGGACCAGGCCUUGGAGACAAAGCAGUUUGAUGUUAGGUCAAGGUUUGAGGUAGAGCUGAAGGUACAUGUCUGUGCAAGUGCAGCUCGCUCAUUCCAGGAAAUGCAUGAAAACUUUGUCAGUGAGAGAAACCCCCUAACACAAAUUGAAGAGACUCGGGAGCAUCACUUCUGGAAAUUUGUCUACAACUUCCACAAAAGGGACCAGUGCCGGAAGGCUGCCAGAGCUUUUACCACCCUUUGCCUCAAGCCAGCCGUGCUGGACUACAUCUAUGGCGCACUGGGGAAGUUGGUCGAGGAGCAAAUGCGUAGUGGCGAUGACGGUCUGUAUUACCACUCUCCACAAACAUUCCACUUCUACCUCCUAUGGGUACUGUUGCAGGAGGACAGUUUUGAGAGCUACCUGGAGUACCUGCUGUCCAGUGAGAGCUACAUCCGGGGGAGGAUUCAGGACCACAUAGAGGAGUACCUCUCUGGGACAGGGAUACUGCAGGAGUCGAUGUAUAAGCACCUGGAGCUGAUUUCCGAGAAGAUGCUGACAGCCGUGAAGCAGAUUGUAGCCUACAGGAAUGAGUCAUGGGGGAACGUAAGGCUGCUGCUGGAGAGGGUGUGCGAUGACCUGGAAGGCCCUGGGGAUGUAGCCAUUCCCCGGGAUGCCCUGCAGGGACCCCUCUUCCAGAUUUCCACGCCAGGGGACAGGUUCAUGGAGUGCCUGGAGGAGUCGCUGGCCGAGAUGCUGCAGUCUCUCGAUGAGGAGUUCAGGCAAAAUGGAGGCUGCAGUACAGAGAAUAUCGCUAGCAAGCUGCAGGCCCUUCCAGUCCAGCCACUGGAUGGUCUCUACAUCAGGGUGAGAGGGUGUGAGGAGCGCUGCCCUUUCUGCAAAGCCCCGUGUGAGGUAUGGGAAGAGGAUCACACAGUGCACCAUGCCCUGCUGCACCGGCCCAAGGGCUUGGUCUCCUACACCUGCGCCACCUCCGACUCCCUGUCCCACACCAUAUGCCCCUCUGAAAUUGUCGGGGACAAUCAGUUUUGCAACAGAGAUACGGAUGGGCAGUACCUCCCCUUCAGGGACUACCAAUUGGUAUAUCCCAACUGGAACAUCCCAGAGGAGGUCUCCGGGAGCCGGGAGCUAAGUGUCUACUGGAAGUAUGUGUUGGCGAGAUACAACAGUAAGUUUGCCCGGGAGUACCAGUGUCAACCAGCUCAGCUGCCUGAGGAAUGGUUCAGCAUCACCCAGGAGGAAGCCAUUGAGAACCUUCAAGAGACAUUCACCGUAGCGUGAAACCCACAUUUUCAGAAUGUUAAGCUUAUUAAUUGAGUAGUAAGCAUGUUACCAUGUAGAUAGCAAAUACGCAACUGAGAACUUAUGAAAUAUUUAAAUGGGGAAUGUACACUCUUGAGCACUUUAUUAGAAGCACCUGUACACCUACCUAUUCAUGUGAUUAUCUAAUCAGCCAAUCUUGUGGCAGCAGUGCAAUGCAUAAAAUCUUGCAGGUACGAGACAAGAACUUCAGUUAAUGUUCUGAUCUCUUGGGGUUUUCAUGCACAUCAGUCUUUAGAGUUUGGGGAAUGGUGCGAAAAACUAAAAAUAUCCAGUUAGCCUCAGUUCUGCCGACUGACCUGCCUGGUUGAUGAGGUCAACAGAGAGGGGUAGACUGGUUGAAGCUGACAGUAAGACAAAAAACCACACAUUGUAACAGUGGUAUGCAGAAGAUCAUCUCUGAACAACACGUCAAACCUCUAAAUGGAUAGGCUACAAGCAGCAGAAGACUUAAUAAGUCUAAAAAAUACAUAAAUGCCUAAUAAAGUGCUCACUGGACGUAAAAUACAAAUACAGAAAAUGGUGUCUGUCAAGCAAUUACUGUACAACAAAAUAGACCCACUGUCAAUCAAACACGGUAAUGUUUAUUUUUAUUUUUUAUCAGAGUAUGGACAAUGGUUGAAAUGAAACUUUUAAGUCUGUUGCGAGCACAGAUUUGCGUUCCAUCUCCCUGGAACCAGGCAGUCCACGUUGAAUACUGAAACAAAUAAAUAUUUAUAUUUUUGUAUUCUCUGAGCCAACAGCACUGAAUUUCCUCACAGACAAAAACACAUGCAUAGGGAAUAAAUUCACAAUAUAACCUUAUAAUAUGACAUAAUCUUUUUUCACACAAUGAAUACAAGUUUAAUUUAAUUUAUUCUUUUAGAGGAAGCAUGAAAUGUGGUUCCUGUUGCUCAAGGCAGCACCGUGACACAAAUUUACAUUGUUCCUCUUGUAUUCCAUCGUACUUGGAUGAGAGACAACACAUUAGAGCUGUCGACAUAUUCCAAUGUAAUGCAAUUUGUAAAUGCACGAGGAGAGACUCAAAUGUAAUGUAUAGGCAGCCAUCUGUUUUUAUAGCUACAGGGGUGUCUUUGGAUUGUAGUUGAUGUAAAAAAGCAAUAUUCAUCAGUAAUCAACAAUGGCAUUGUAUUGCUGUUGUGAUAUAGUGAUAUAUUUGUCUGCACUCUAUCUGUAUGGAAAUUGUGGUAUAAAAUUUUUAUGGUGUGGGGCUUGUACGUGAUGCUUGGUGUUCUGAAUUUGCGUAAAGACAAAAUACCAAUUAAAAUUAUAAUUGCACAAAA